GCUGGUCGCCUGCUGAUACGGAAAUUAAUUGCAGAAAAGUUGUGCAUACCUUGGAAUGAAAUACACUUGGAAAGGACAUCAAAAGGAAAACCUUUCCUAGCAAAUAACGUGUUCAGUAUCUAUUCAAAUUACAACUUCAAUGUCUCUCAUCAAGGAGAUUAUGCAGUUCUUGCAGCUGAGCCUGAACUUCAAGUUGGCAUUGAUAUUAUGAAGACUAAUUUACCAGGUAGUAGCUCAAUUCCAAAUUUCUUUCACAUCAUGAAGCGACAGUUUACUGAAACAGAGUGGUGUGUAAUCAAGUCUAUGAGUAAUGAAUGGAUGCAGCUGGAUAUGUUUCAUCGGCACUGGGCCUUAAAGGAAAGCUUCUUAAAGGCUGUUGGAGUCGGAAUUGGCUUUAACUUGCAAAGAAUUGAAUUUAAUGUGUCCCCACUGCAACUGGAAAUAGGGAAGGUGUAUAAGGAGACAAAAAUGCUUCUGGAUGGAGAUGAAGAAGACGAGUGGAUAUUUGAGGAAACCCGGUUAGAUGACCAUCAUCAUGUUGCAGUGGCUCUCGGGAAACAGGAGGGAUUUGGACAGAAGCAUUCUGAUGUAAGAAAUUAUGAAACAUUUUCAGGUCUUGGCAACUAA